AUGUCGCAAAUGAACAAAUUCUAUCAAUCUGAAGCGUCUUCGCUCGGAGGCUACAAGAAUCCAAACGUAACUCUCUCCUGUCAGUCGAGUGCUGGAACGCCCGAUCGAUCCUUGAAUAACUCCCCCUGCAGCAGCAAUACGACAUUGGUCGAUAACGAAGCACAAGCUCGCAGACUCAUGUAUGGCGGAUUUCAUCAGGCAUCGGUUCAGGAAACCGUGCCAGGCGUCCAAUCCAUGGCAUCCGACCUCAACGCGAACGCCACGGCAUUUAUUCCGAGCCGCUUUGUAGAGUAUGGCUACUUUCCUUCACCUGCUCACACACCAGUAGCAUGGGUGCGUAUACUUGACACUGGCAUGCUGGCACCCAAUAUCGCUUUACCGACUGUCCUGGCGCAAUCAGGUCCAUGGUCAUUCGAUACAUUGCGCGAUCUCGCCCAACUUUUCUGCUGGGAAAUUUUAGCCAAAGCGAAUAUAAUAGAUUUUGGACCGGAGGCGGCGUUCUUUGCGCGGGAAGUGCGUGAUGCAUUGAGGCUCCAUCACUCCGAGUGGGCCUCCAGUUGCUUUGUGGCCAAUUUGCAAACUGCGGUCUUGGAACAUUUCAAAUCAUUCUGGUGUUCUCUUAAUAAUCCGCAUGUUAUUUCCCCGCGGCGAAAACUCGAAAUGAAACGGUGGAAUAUCGCAUUGGAUUUUUCUCGCUUCACAGCAGACUUGUUCGCAUUUGGCCUCAUCCAAUUACCGAUCAUGCACGAUUGUCUGGGGAUUCUGCUGCACGAAAUGGUCAGCGUGGAACACGUACGCGUCGUCCAAUCCAUGAUCAAACGCGCCGGACCGAAGUUAUGGCAAACAGCCGAUGCUCAUGAACGCCGCCAGGAAUUCACCCGUCAUUUCAUGGAGCGCACCGCAUUGGUUCCUGAUAAUGCAAGCCUGAUUGGACGAGAAGACAGUGUCCGUAGGGUGAUAAAUGCUGAUAAUAUCAUCUCUCUGAUCGGUGAUUGGCAAGCGCGGCGGCCAGAGUGUCCUCCGCUUGCGGUGAAAUCUGUUUGGGGAUCAUCUGGCCUUAUUCUAUAG